AUGCAAAACCCUUUACCAUACGAUAAGGAAGAAACUUUAGAGGAGGCUACUUCUAUAAAUAUGGAUAGGCUCACACAACUUCAAGAUGGAAUUGAUGAGGUUCGCGUAGAAUAUCUUAACCGAGCGCAAGUACAUGUCGACCAGGAUCAAGUGAAAUUUAGAGAAAGUCAACGUGAACUUGUUCAAGAUAUUGUUAAAAAAUCAAAACAAAUAGAAUUAUUGAUAGAGAAUUUACCGGGGAUGCAAAACUCUGAACAAGAGCAAAUAGAUAUGAUAAAAGAAUUAAAUAAAGAAAUGCACGAGGCCAAUCUAGAAUAUCUAAAGGCUGUUGAAGAUGCAGAGUCUUUAAAAAAACAAAUAAUGGAAACCAUAGGAAUACUUUGUAGGGAUCAAAGUACGGCAUAUAAUACAGAGGAAUGA